CCUGGAUACAUUUCACUCCUUCGUGGAACAGCCACGACCAAUGACGACGAUUCUGAGGAUGAAGGUGGCGAAUCAGGUGUCGACAGACACACAAAGGAGAGAAAGUCUGGCCGCGUACUGAGCAACACCCUCGAGUCUAAGCUUCACGGCGAGGACUAUGAUAGCGACGAGGUUGGCGGGAACGACCAGGAAGGAAGUCAACGAAGCCACAACCGUAGCCACCACCAGCACCACGGCAAGGAGCCCAGCCUGCACCACGACUCCGAGGCGGCGCAUCACGGCCCACGACACGGAGAGCAGAACCGGCUACUGCAUCGGGAAGAUGCCAAGGAAUUGAAGCUUUCGGCCACCCAGUACGACUUUGCUAUCUGCCGGCUACAGCCAAAUACAGCCAUCGCGAAGGAGCUUCAGCAGCCAGUGCACGGACUGAUCAGCCUCUGGCAACAGAAAGGUGGCCGUGAUCUGAACGUGCACGUGCACGUGAUGGGGCUCAAGGUGAAUGACAGCGCACGCGAUCACCGAGCCUUCAUGCACGGCAUGCAUGUGCAUCAGCUGGGAAACCUGAGCGACAGCUGUCAGUCAACCGGGCCUCACUUCAACCCGACCAACACCACGCACGGCGAUCGCAGAUCGACCGUGAGGCACGUUGGGGAUUUCGGGAACAUUGCCUGUGACAAGCAUGGCGAGAGCAACGUCAUUUUCACUGACACGGUAGCAUCUCUCACUGGCCCUCACUCCAUUGUGGGUCGUUCCAUCAACAUUCACGCUAGCAUGGACGAUCUCGGCAGGAACACGGACAACCCCGCGAGCGUGUCGUCCGGAGAUUCUGGGCCCCGGGUCGCCUGUUGCGUGGUCGAGAAAGUGGACAAGCUGCCGCAGCUGAGCAGCAAGGCCGCUCGGCGAAUCCUGCGCGACAUCAUGCAGCCGUUCAGCGACUUUGAGAGCGAGUGAAAGGCGUCUGCUUGAACUAGGCGGUGAUGGGCAGGCGGGAGCGAGCGCGGAGCGCCCAAGAGGCUGAUUCGAUGCCUCACUUUUUAUAUUACCUCAUUUUGACUGAAUGCAAAUCUUGCAAUGCAUCAUUCGCUUAUUGUACGAACGACGCAAAAAAGUCACAUUUUGUUUUCCGCGUAUGCCCGGUGUAACAAAGGUGUUACGCAUCGUGCCAAGUUUACCCGGAUCGCCUUAGUUUCGCAAAGCGCUCAAAAGCUAAGGAAGCGUGGACGACACGAAGGUCGCCAUGUCGUUUGUUCCUUCAUAACAUUUACGGGUGGUGAAGAUCAGACGGACUUAAAAAUUGUAAAUUGGCUUGAAAAACUAAUCUUUAAAACUCUUGAGGAAGUGCACCUGAUAUAGGUUGGUUAAGGUCUUAUGCGAGGCUGGGGCUUUGUUGUUGUUGUUGUUGUCGUUGUCUAACGUCUCGUCAGGCUCACCAAAGUUGUCAGCGACGAUACGUGUAUCUUUUUGCCCAAUAACUUCUACGAGCGAAGAAGACGAUGAAGGGACGAAUAAUGAUUUUUCUACAUAUUAGCAACGUUUGCUUGCCUCAAUUAUAGGUGACGCUGCGUUAGUUUAACAUAUGUCGUAUCUCCUGCUCUUGUCUCGGUAGCAUACGAUACGAAUAUUGUGGUACAUUUGCUCGUUUAAUAAGGAGAGGUGCACAUGCUGUGCAAGCCCAGCGGUUAGUGUCAGUUUU